GGCGUGGCCUCAGGAGUCCUUGGCGCGAGGCCUUCUGGGGUCGCAAGAUGGCGGCUCUGAGGAGCGUCCGGGCGGCGGCUGCGGGUCUCCUCCAGCCCCGGAGUUGCGGAGCAUGGAGGAACCUUGGCACUUCGGCUGCUGUUCUGCAGAAGCAAGCCCAGGCGGAGAGCCCAAAGACAGAAGAGGGGACAUUCCCAGUUACCAUGAUCCCUGGGGACGGAGUGGGUCCGGAGCUCAUGCAUUCAGUCAAGGAAAUCUUCAAGGUUGCCGGAGUCCCUGUGCAGUUCGAUGAACACCACCUGAGCGAGGUGCAGAAUAUGGCUUCGGAAGAGAUCCUGGACAAUGUCCUUGACUCCAUGAAGAAGAGCAAAGUGGCUAUCAUAGGAAAGAUCCACACUCCCAUGGAGUACAAAGGGGAAUUGGCCUCCUACGACAUGAGGCUCAGGCGCAAGCUGGACCUCUUUGCCAAUGUAGUCCAUGUGAACAGCCUACCUGGCUACAAAACGCGGCACAACAACCUGGACCUGGUGAUAAUCCGGGAGCAGACUGAGGGGGAGUACAGCUCCCUGGAGCAUGAGAGUGCAAAGGGGGUCAUUGAGUGUAUGAAGAUCAUCACUCGGGCCAAAUCUCAGCGUAUCGCCAAGUUUGCCUUUGAUUUUGCCACCAAGAAGGGGCGCUCCAAGGUCACGGCUGUGCACAAAGCCAAUAUCAUGAAGCUGGGUGAUGGGCUGUUCCUGCGCUGCUGUGAGGAGGUCUCAGAGUUGUACCCCAAGAUCAAAUUCGAUACCAUGAUAAUUGACAAUUGCUGCAUGCAGCUGGUGCAGAAUCCCUACCAGUUUGACGUCUUGGUCAUGCCCAACCUGUACGGUAACAUCAUUGACAACCUGGCGGCCGGCCUGGUCGGCGGGGCUGGUGUGGUGCCAGGGGAGAGCUACAGUGCCGAGUACGCCGUCUUUGAGAUGGGUGCCCGCCACCCCUUUGCCCAAGCCGUGGGGAGGAACAUCGCCAACCCCACUGCCAUGCUGCUCUCCUCUGCUAACAUGCUGCGACAUCUCAACCUGGAAUAUCACUCGUCCAUGAUCGCCGACGCGGUGAGGAAGGUGAUCAAAGUUGGCAAGGUGCGGACACAGGACAUGGGCGGUUACUCUACCACCUCUGACUUCGUCAAGUCCGUGAUUGACCACCUGUACCCCCACUAUGGCAUCUAGGCUUCAGGCUGCCCCCACAGUUUUCCAGCAUGCACUUUCUACAGGAUCUUCCCCCACCCUCCAUCUCCCUGCCCUACUCCCCCAUUUCAUGCCUUUCUGGUGGACAUCAUGGCUUCAGCAGCCUCUUGGUCCCUGGUCUCCUCCACCCUGAAGGGGAAUGUGAGGCUCACCCAGAGAGGCCUGCAGGGGAGGCAAUGGACUAAGCCUGGCUGCAUUGGGCCUGGCAAGGCUCUCGUGUCUUGGCAAAGCUGAGCUCUGGACUGCCUGUGGGAGGCUCUCUUCUGCUAUGGGGGGGGGUCUUCCUUUGUGGAAAUGCCAGGGGCUUCCUGGGACGGGGGAGACAGCCUUUGGCCUGGAGAUUUUAGGGAAUCAUGGCAGGUCAAGAAGUGUUUUUGUAGCAGUCGUGAUCCUGUUCAGCAGCUCCUGUGUCAUGAUAGGCAGAGGCAGUCUGGUGUAAAGGCACAUCAGGGUGCAUUUGGGAGGGUCUGCUUGAGGCACAUUGACCAGCAGAGAGCAGAUGACUCAAUUGUGUAAUUUCGCUUGCUGCGUGAACAAGGGUAGACUUCAGGAAUCCAAGAGCUUACUAGGUUGUAUCUAAUAAGGGAGGGAGAAGUCCGCUCUGUGGGCAAGAAAUGCAAACCUCUACAGUCACACUCCAUGUGAAUAGUGAAUAAACGUGAAAGGAUUUUCCACA